GAGUCGCCGUUUUGUGGGUUUUGUUGGGGUGAGGUUUGUGCAUUCACUCCCCCGGCGACUUAAACCCUAAUUAUCUCCGCCAUCGCCACCCAGCAAUCCCAAUCGAUCCAGAGUUGCAUCGCAAGGCGCACCUGAAUAUCAACCAAAUCCAUUGGAUUCCGUCCAAUCCUUGAUCCUUAAACUCUCCCAUUUUGCAGGGCUUUUUUCUCGCGUCAUCGGCACAACAAAAUGGAAUGACGACGGUGCGGUUUAUCAAUCGUCUGCACGGCGAUUCGUACUGGAAUAAGCAGUUUCUGAUUUGACGGACAAUAAUAUGCUAUUUUGGGCUCGGAGAGUGUCCAUGUCCAAGUUUUUCUCCUCUUCUCUGUUCCACGGUCACGCCGGCGGCAGAGAAUCUCUGCACCUCCCUUGCCCUGCAUCCACCGCCUGGUUUAUCAAAGUUGUGUGCACCAUCUGCAUUCGCAAUUCGCUGUCGCUAUCGGUUUUGGAUUCUUAUUAUUUUCGGGAGAGCUUGGAUCCCUGCGUGGCUUUCGGCGUGGUUUAUCACCUGAACAGAUUGAAUAAUUUGGAAUUGGCAUUUAGCUUUUUUAGAUUUUCAAGGGCCAAUUUGAAUCUCACUCACUUGGAAUCCACUUUCGAUUUACUCCUGAGAUCACUUUGCGGAAUGUGUCUGUAUGAUUCUGCCAAGGUAGUUUAUGAUUACAUGAAAGCUGAUGAGGUUUCACUGAACAGCGUGGCUAUGGAUAUUGUUGUUUUAUCCUUUGCGAAGGCUGGGAGGCUUAGAAUUGCUGAAGAAAUUUUGAUUUCAAAGGCUAAUUUUUGUAUGGGCAAAGGGGAAGCAGUUAGUCCUUUUGUAUAUAAUGAGUUUUUGGGCAUUCUAAUAAGUAGGAAUCAGGUUGAUGAUGCGGUUUUGUUUUUUAGAAAUCAUAUAUUGAGGUUAAGAAGCCUUCAUCCCGAUGUUUGUAGUUUCAACACAGUGAUGAGAGGAUUGUGCCUGGUGGGCAAGAUUGAUGAGGCUUUUGAAUUUUUUGAUAUCAUGAAAAAUUUUGGCUGUCACCCUGAUCGUGUUUCGUAUAACACUCUCAUUAAUGGGCUGUGUAGAGUUGGUAAACUAUCUAGAGCAGAAGAACUGCUUAGAGAACUUAAAGUGCACCCUCUGCUGUCACCAGAUGUUGUGACUUACACAUCGAUUGUAUCUGGGUACUGCAAAUUAAGUAAGACGGACAAUGCUGCAGGUCUCUUUGAUGAGAUGAUUGAGAAUGGAGUUAAACCAAGCUUGAUUACUUUUAAUGUAAUUAUCGAUGGUUUUGGUAAAAAUGGCGAGGUGGCUUCAGCCAUUAGAAUGUACGAAAGGAUGGCUAUGGAUGGUAUAUAUCCUGAUGUUGUCACAUACACAUCUCUUAUUGAUGGUCAUUGCCGCUGUGGAGAGUUGCAGCAAGGCAUGAAAUUUUGGGAUGAAAUGAAACAGAGACAGGUACUUCCGAACUUAUAUACAUUCUCAGUUCUAAUAAAUUCCCUGUGCAGGGAGAAUAGAUUAAAUGAGGCUCGUGAUCUCUUAAGGCAGUUGAGCCAGAGGAAGGACAUUAUUCCCAAACCAUUUGUAUACAAUCCUGUUAUUGAUGGGCUUUGUAAAGCAGGAAAUGUAGAUGAUGCGAACGCAAUAAUUGUAGAAAUGGAGGCGAAAGGGUGUGUCCAUGAUAAAAUGACUUUCACCAUUCUCAUCUUGGGGCAUUGUAUGAAAGGCAGAAUGUUUGAUGCUAUUGAAAUUUAUCGCAAGAUGAUGUCUGUGGGCUGCCUGCCAGAUAAUUUCGCCACAAGUUCUUUGAUAUCUUGCCUAAGAAAGGCAGGCAUGGUGCGAGAAGCAAAUGAAAUAAAACAAAGGGCAUUGAAUAGUAUGUCGUCAGAUUCAUCCCCAUCUAAAAGAACAAUGCCAGUUAGGGCUAACAUGAACAUCACUGUGGCUGCUUAGCGGAAAUUACAUUUUUUCUCUGAUGUUGCUUUUUGCUUGGCAACUGUAUGAGACCAUUCAUACAGAAUAAUCCAUUGAAUGAACUGGAUGCUAUGCUUACUACUGGUGGAGCUGCCUACAGGUUCGCCAUUUGCAUGAUCAGGAUUAUAUGAUUGAUGAGGCACUACCAAAACUGGGAAAAAAUUGAGCCUUCCCAUCUGCAUCAAAAGUUCUUGAUUUUGUUUGCUCUCCCAUGUCUUGGAAUGCUUAAUCCUGACAGGAUUGUUCCUUGUUCAAAGAUCGGUUGCAAACAUGCAAUUCUCUCAUUAGUGCUGGCAGCUCCCGGGUGGUCGCCGCUAUGCCCAAUGAAUCGAAAGUCUUUAUGUAGCGCAAUCCGGCCGGAAUAUUACUUCUCAAGGUCACCUGCAGUCUCAUUCAUAUCACAAAUUCUUGGAGAUCCAAAUCUUAUCCAAUGGAUGGAUGAUGAAUUUUUGUUUGAUCAGAUGUAAUCUUGAUCAUCCCACAGCAGCAUAUAAGGAUUCUUCUGUAUACCUCAUAUUGAUGUUAGUUUGACAUCUUGUUAUAGUUUGAUGUUGUAAUGUGUAAUGACGCCCACAUGUAUUAUUAGCUUAUUACUAUUGUUAGACAGGAUGACCUUUCUGCCUUUGUGGAGACCCGGGACUAGAGGUCCUGAUAAUGUACUGCUCCUUCCGGGGGUAAUAUAGUCAUUUGAGAUUGAAAGCGAAAGCACGAAUAAAUUACUUUGCCCCAAAUCCCAAUCCAUUUGGUCACACACAAAUUCCUGGUUGAUUAAGCUUCCUCAAUUUUCCAUUUCCCAUACGAAAUAAACUGGUAGAAAAGCCAGGUGGAGAAAAUCUCAACCCUUUGAUCGAGAGGAUUGUUGUAGCAGGAGAAUCACGAUGGAAUUCAGCCUCACGAAGCUGGAAUUGGACGCGGUUCUCCAGUUAAUCCAACUCAGCGCCGCCACUUCUGCCUCCUCCGGCGAUAUUCGCGUCGUCGACGGCGUUUGCGUGAAUUUACCCACCGGAAAAGAUGAGGAAAGCUGCAACAAAGGAGAGGAGGAAGGAAGCGUCGGAGAUACGCUGUCGUCGAGCGUAAACACUAGUCACAAGUGCGAGGAGGAUGAAGAGAUUUUGCCUCGACUUAAACCUAGGUACGAAUCGCUUCUCGAUGUCUACAGACGCACUCGACCUCCGAUCGACCAUCGCGCCAAAAAGAGAGUCAGGUUUUGAAUGAGGUACGGAGUUUCGUAUUGCGAAAUGAAUUUCAAUUGUAUAGAAUAUAGAAACCGCUCCUGUGGUGUUCAAUCAUCGCGUGUACAAUAAUCAACUAAAAGGUCUACCACCAUCUAGGCUUAAAUCAUACAAUAUACAAUGGCCUAUAUACAUGUAUGUAAAUUAAUUACUGUCAUGAUUUUACAGUUUUAUAUAUGCACAUAUAUUGGAGAAUCA